AUGGAUUUCUUAGAAUACCAUGCAUUGGCCGCACUUGAUGCUCCCAAUGAAACUUCUCAAGAAUUACCGGAACCUUCAUCAACGCUCAAUUUAUCCUCUUUCCCUACCAGUGGUACAGAGGAAGAUGCAUUUAAAUUACCAGAUCUAAUCGGUGGUACCAGCAGUAACAAUAACAGUAAUAAUAAUAAUAAUAAUAAUAAUAUUAACAAUAAAGAUGAAGAAAAUCGUAAUCUUUACGACAAAAUGACUCAUUAUGCCAAUUUAUCAAUGAAAAAACUUAAUAUUGAUGACGCUAGAGUGCCCACAAUACCUACAAUACCUACACGAGAAGCAAGCAGCUCUCAAUUCGUUGAACCCACCAGAGCUAAAUUAUCACUUCCUGAUAAUCUUAAUAAUAGAAACAAACCAACAGAUGCUACAGAUGUAGUAUUAUCCAAAAAAUUGUCCAAAGUACUUAACGAUUAUUCACUAAGCAAUUACCAAUCAAGAUCACAAUUGAGGAAAUCAUUACAAUCACUCGAAAGAAAUAGAGAUAAACUAAAUAUUGAUGAAAAACGACUGAUUAAUCCAGGUUAUUUGGGAAUUUUAGAAAGGAAAUCAUUAAGAAGUGAUUUAGAAAAUGAACUUUUAAAAGAUCAUUUAACGGUUUUGGAAGAGUUCAGACCAAUUGUAAGAAGAAUUAAUCGUUGGUCCAAUUCUGUGAAUAAUAUCAAAGAAACGGGCCAACAACUGGUGGAAGAAACAGAAGCAGAUCAGUCUAACGAGGAUGAUUCUGUUACAGAUCGUGUCAACCAGUUAAGAGCUGAUGCUAAAUCCUUAGAAUUGAAAAAACAACUUCUUAUUGCAUUAAGGGAUCAAUUCACUUUGAAUCAAUUAGAAGAUGAUAUCAUAGCUAAUGGUGAGGUGGAUUUGGAAUUUUUUAAAAUUGUGGAUAAAGCCUUACAAAUUAAAGAAAGAGCAACUUAUCUAUUGGCAUUACCAUCUUCAAGAGCCGGCAGCUCUUUAAUUUCCCAAACAAAUCAAACGCUAAGCUUUGUCAAUAAAAAAGUUUUCAACCAUUUAGUUGAUUUUUUACACAAUUAUGAAUCCAAUUCUCAACUUCUAGGUGAAAGAUCAUUCGAUCCUGAUGAUAAAAAUUUCAUAUUAUUUCAAAAGAGUUUAAUCUACCUUUCCAAUGAUUUAGAACAUUUUAACGAAUUUUUGAAAAGAGUGACGUCCGUUAGAUCGAAGAGUGUUUUAGAUGAAUUUCUGUCUCAAUUUGAUUUUAACCCUAAGGAUUCAAAACCAAUUUUACUAUCUGCACAAGAUCCCCUACGUUACAUUGGUGACGUUUUAGCGAAUAUCCAUUCUUCUAUUGCAAAUGAAGCAGAUUUUGUCAAAUCGUUGUUCAAAUUCCAAUUAGACGAUUCCGCAAUAACGGUCCCACAGUUUAACAAAGAAUACUUACAAGGAUUGGAUGAAAAACUUUUAAACGAAACGGUACAAUCCUUGGCCAAUUCAUGUCGGAUCAGAGUGGAACAAAUUGUGAAUUUUGAAGAGGAUCCAGUGGUCAAUUUGGAAAUAGCGAGACUACUAAAUUUGUACCAAUUGAUGUUUGAAAGGAAAGGUAUAAGGAGGAACAGCGCCCUUAUCAGUAAUUUACACAAAUUGGAAUGUUCAGCAAGAGGUAAAAUUCCUGAAUAUUACGUUAAAUUUUUGAAAGAACUCGCAUCUUUACCCGUUGAACCAAGUGACGAUUUAUUACCACCGGAUUGGUUAUCAGAAUAUAUUGGCAAAAUUGUAGAUUUAUUUGAAGUUUACCAACAAGCAAAUACUGAGGAAAGUCAUAAAGUGAUAGAUUUGGCAUUUUUACAAAAGGUGGUGGAAAAUCCCAUUAAAGACAUUCUAAUUAAAAGAAUACAAACUGCAUUCCCAUUAGCCAAGAAAAACGAAACGAGUAGAUUCUCUUCACUAACGAUGCAAAUUAAUUGCUUUGAUCUAAUCAAAACCAGAUUUCAACCGUUCACCACUACAGUUUUUGCACAGGACGAUCAAGUUAGUUCGAUUUUUCAGAUGAUUGAAAACAGAUUGAAUUCAUUAGUUAGUCAAUUGUUAGAAUUACAACAGAAGCUACUGUUCGAAAAUACGGGAAUGGGAUUGUAUUAUAAUUUAUUCAAUAUGAUUUUUCCAGUUACUUCAGUGCAAGAUGAAUUAGAUUAUGACAUGUACUUGUCGUUAUGUGAAAAUCCAUUAAUGGACCUCUCCACCAUUGAGAAAAACGUCCAUGAGAAGCUCAACACGUAUAUUCCACAAGCUCUUACAGACGUACAAGAAAACAUGCUUUUCAAACUAGCGUCACCAACGAUCGCAGAUUAUAUUUGUGAAACUUGUUUCUCGACCCUGUCAUUAUUCUAUGUGACUUUUAGAAAAGUACUAAUGCAUCUGUAUCCCGAACAGAAGGAGUCUGUUCAGCGGUUUCUCAAUUUCUCUGAACAAGAGUUUAACACUCUAGUUGGUAUUGACCAAGGGAACUCAGAAUAA